GAAGUCGAUAAUGACAAGGCAAAUCCACGUGUAUAUAUAUUCACACCAAAAAACAAACAAGUCAGUUCCAUUGGUGUGUGGUCUCUACUCUCAAAAACACAACACAACACAAUACGAGGUCGAGGUCGAGGAGGACUCUCAUCUCAGUGAAUUGAUGGGGAGUGCAUCAUCUAUGCUAACUCAAUAUGAUAUUGAAGAAGUUCAAGAACACUGCAAUCAUUUAUUUUCUCAGCAGGAAAUAGUGUGUUUGUAUCAACGUUUUUGUCAACUUGACCGAAAUGCUAAGGGCUUUAUUUCAUCUGAUGAGUUCUUAUCCAUUCCUGAGUUUGUUAUGAAUCCACUUUCUCAGAGACUACUGAAGAUGGUUGAUGGUUUAAAUUUUAAAGACUUUGUGGCAUUCUUGUCAGCAUUUAGUACCAAAGCUAGUGCACACCAAAAAAUUGAACUUAUUUUCAAAGUAUAUGAUUCGGAUCGUAACGGAAAGGUGUCUUUCAAAGACAUCUUAGAAGUUCUAAAAGAUUUGUCUGGUUCAUACAUGUCUGAUGAGCAGAGAGAGGAAGUCCUAGGCCAAGUUCUCAAAGAAGCAGGAUACUCAAAAGACUGCUACUUGACACUGGAUGACUUCACUAAGGUUCUUGGCCAUUCUGGUGUUAAAAUGGAUGUUGAGGUCCCUGUUGAUUAAAAUUGCCUGCAGUUUUCACUGUUAUUUUGAAAGGAAAAAUUGUAAACUAUAUUAAUGGGAUUCUUGUAAUACAUAGUUCAUGUGAAAAUGAGAAGUGCACAAAUACAUUUGUCCCUUUUCUUUUUGGGAUUCUUGUAAAAAUGUUGUAUUCCAGCCACUAGCCCCAUUGGAACCAAUUUGAGUAGUUUAUUUUUAGCUUGA